AUGCGCUUCCUUUUUUUAACUAGUUGUUUUUUGUGGGCUAUAUUAAAUUUGCUCUUUGUUUGGAACAAAAAAAUUAUAACAUUAAAAAAAAAUGCACAUAUAUUAAACCCUAUUAAAAAAGAAAUAUCACUUAAUUGGAAAAAAAACAAUGUACUAAAUAAAAUUAAUUUUAUUUUUUAUAAAAAAAAAAAUGAAUAUGAAAUCAAAAACUUAGAAAAUGUUCCAUUAUUUGUAGUUACAAACAAAUUUGAUGAAGUUAUUUUGUCCUUUGAUCCAGAUUAUGGAAUAGAUAACCAGGCUGGAAAAAAUACAACCACCCAAUCUAUCGAAUAUAAUAACACCGAAUUUAAUCAAAAUUUAUACGAUGAUAUAAUUUUAGAAAAUUAUAAUAAUAGCUUGCUGUUUCCUAUAAUAAAAAAAAAUGAACAAGUCAGAAAAGAAAUAGACCUUAAUAAAAUACACAAUAAUGAUUGUAUAGGAAUAUUUUUCUUUGAUCUAAAAACAGCGGAAGCAUACAAAGACGAUAUUGCUCAUUUAUAUAAUAAAAAUUUAAAAGAUAAAAAUAAUGAUAAACUUUUUUUUGGAUCAAAAGUAAAAUUUACCAACCUUGAUUAUUUUCUAAAGUUAAAAAAAUCGUUAAGUUCGAAAGUUGAUUUUGUUUUAGUACCCAAUUAUAACGAAUUACAAAAUGUUUUAAAAAAUAAAAAAGUAUUUUAUGGCACACCAAUAUAUUAUAUAAAUAAAAUAACUUUGCGCAAAUCAACUAUUAAGAAAACUUUUUAUGAAUUAUUCUUUCGAAAAAAUUUUAAAAAAGUCAAAGUUGAGUUGUAUCCAAAUACUUUUAUAACAUACACAAUUAAGGAAGCAUAUGAAAAAGAAGGGCCCGAAACAGAAAAUCACACUAAUAAGGAUGAAAAAAAAUUGUAUUUAUAUAUACAACUUGAAACCCUUGAUAAAAAAAAAUAUAUACCUAUUUUCUUUUCCUAUGAGCAUGCUUAUUAUUUUUAUAAACUUUUUAUAGCAAGCUUUAAAGGUCAUUUUACUGAAUAUAUCCUUCCAAAACCACAAAUAAUUUUAAACUCGUUUGAAAGUUUAUUAAUGCUAUUAAAUAUGGCAAAUGAUAAUAAACUGAAAGAAUUUCACAACCUUUUUUUUGUCCCCACGAGCCACAUGUAUGAUGAAAAACUUUAUUCCACACAAACCAGCGUUUUCACAUUUUAUGUCAACAAAAUUUUUCAAAAAAUAAAAUAUGACUUGUUCAGAUCGUUCAGGAAAAACUUAAACUACCUAAUAUCGGACUAUUUGUAUGGGUAA